AAUAGGAAAAUCUAAAACCCUAAAUAGCUGCUCAAACCGCACAGCAGUUUGAGUUGGGGCUUCAACUUGAACUUCUACGACGAUGGGUGGAAAACUUAAAGAUACAGCUUCUCUCACCCAAUCGCUCAUCGAGGAAGUUCAAUCUAAGAAGAAGAACAAGAAGAAUAAACACAAAGAUAUCGAAACUGAAGAACCAAACGAAGAAAAUCUUAAACGAAAGCUUCAGGCGGUUGAAACGGAUGUGUGUAAAAAGAAGAAAAAGAAGCACAAGAAGGACCGGGAGAAUGGACACGACGCGAAAUCAGAUGAACAAGUAGUUAAAGAAGAAGAGGAAGAGGAAGAGGAAAGCAUUGAUGGGUCUAAGAAGAAGGAAAAGAAGAAGAAACGUAAUAAGGAGGGUAAAGAAAGCGAAACGAAUGAAGCAAAGGAAAGUGAAAACGGUGAAGCAAAACAAGAAGUGGAUUCUAAAGUGGUGGUGACUGGAAAAGGUGUGGAGGAAGCCAAGUACGUGUCGUUGAAAUCCUUUUCUGACGCAAGGCUUCCUGAGAAUGUGUUGGAAUGCUGUAAGAAUUUUAAGAAUCCAUCCCCAAUUCAGUCUCACGCCUGGCCAUUCUUGUUGAACGGCCGUGAUUUUAUAGGGAUUGCCAAAACUGGAUCAGGUAAGACAUUGGCAUUUGGGGUUCCUGCGAUUAUGCAUGUAUUGAAUAAGCGAAAGGGGAAGUCAGUGAAGAAGGCAAAUCCGCUCUGCCUUGUACUCUCACCUACUAGAGAGUUGGCUGACCAAAUUUACGAUGUUAUAUCCAAUGCUGGGAAACCUUGUGGUGUGAAAUCAGUCUGUGUGUAUGGAGGAACGUCAAAACAACCUCAAAUUUCAGCCCUACAAUUGGGUGUGGAUAUUGUCAUUGGAACUCCUGGUCGUCUGAUAGAUCUAAUAGAAAUGAAUGUCUGCCAUCUUAGUGAUGUAUCUUUUGUGGUUCUAGAUGAGGCAGAUCGAAUGCUUGAUAUGGGAUUUGAGGAGCCUGUCCGUUUGAUAUUGAGCAAAAUAUCGUCUGCUCGCCAGAUGGUAAUGUUCAGUGCCACGUGGCCUGUAGAAGUUCAUAAAUUAGCUGAGGAAUAUAUGGAUCCCAAUCCAGUUAAGGUGGUUGUGGGUUCAGAGGAUUUGGCUGCCAACCAUGAUGUUAUGCAGAUUGUUGAGGUCUUGGAUGAUCGUUCACGUGAUCAGCGCUUACUUGCUUUGCUAGAAAAAUAUCAUAAAUCUCAAAGGAACAGAGUGUUAGUUUUUGCCUUGUACCAGUUGGAAGCUGAUCGUAUUGAACAUAUGCUGCGAAAGAGUGGUUGGAAGGUUGUUGCAAUACAUGGUAAGAAAGCACAACAUGAUCGUACAAAGUCACUAUCUUUGUUCAAGCAGGGAACCUGUCCUUUGAUGGUUGCUACUGAUGUGGCUGCUCGGGGCUUGGACAUUCCUGAUGUUGAAGUAGUUAUUAACUAUUCUUUUCCUCUAACAACGGAAGAUUAUGUUCACAGAAUAGGAAGAACUGGCCGGGCUGGUAAGAAGGGUGUCUCUCACACAUUCUUCACUCAUCACAAUAAGGGACUUGCUGGGGAGCUGGUGAAUGUUCUGAGAGAAGCUGGGCAAGUUGUGCCCGCUGAUCUUCUGAAAUUUGGUACUCAUGUAAAGAAAAAGGAGUCGAAGCUUUAUGGGGCUCACUUCAGGGAAAUUUCAGCAGAUGCUCCAAAGGCUAAAAAAAUAACAUUUCAAGACUCUGAUGAAGAGUGAAUCAACAGCCCCUGAAACACAGUGACUCCUGUAGGGAUAGAAACUAGAUAUAUAGCGUCAACUAUUGAAAUUGGUGAAAGAGUUUCACAUUUGCUCUAUUUAAUUUUAUCAUUAUUUUUUAUUAUGCUUUUUGUCCUUGAUCCAGCAGCAAGACUGAUCUUGCACAUGAUCAGUCUGUGUUCGAGUAGCUUGAUGCUUAUAGAAAAUUUCCUUAGAACCCUUUUAGUAAAAGCUACCAGAUUUUACAUGCUUCUAAUUCGUCAGUACUCUUUUUCUUACUGUUUUGUUUGUGUAUGUAACUUAUUCAAUUAAUACAUUACCUUGGCAUUAUUUAUGGAGGAGAAUUUGAAAAUGGCAUUACAAUUUCUGAUA